CCGGCUCCGGCAGCCUUGUGUUGAAAUUGCAAGACGAGAUGUUUCGAUGAUCUGACAGAGGCGGGCAUAGGCUGUGCAAGGCUGUGCAAGGCUGCCCUAACAAAACUCGGGGCAGGUUUUCCGGAUGCUUGGCAUGUUUGACAACAGCAUUCAAGAGCUCGGAAGCUGGAGCUUCAAUCCAGACGUGUGCUUUUUGAUUUGAGAAGAGGAAGCUUCCGCACGGCUGAUCUUGUCAGUCCUUCCUCCCCCAAGCGUCCACUGUUUCCCAAAGCGCUGAAGAGCUGCGGACGUGGUCAAUAUGCCUGCAAUCCCGGCAUGCAGCCUGCGCCGACUCUCACACCUUCCUCGAAAAUGGGCGUUUCCGGCGCAUCUGGUUGCUGGCCGAAGAGUUGGAGGCUAUAAAUACAUCUCAAUCCAAGCCACGCCUGCAACAGACACCAGCAGAAUUGAGGUUGGUGGCCGAUCGGUGUCUGCUUCUUCGCCAGAUGCCACGUUCGAGGUCAUCGGCAGCCCCUACUCGCUUCUCUCUGUAACUCUUUCUCCUUCCCAAGAUCUAUACACGCGUCGCGGAACGCUGGUCGGAUUUGGUGGUGAUCCAGAUGGCACCGUUUCGACCCUCCGAAUGCUGAACCCUAUCCGCCGUGCACUGGUUGGCAUUCCCUUUCUCUACCAGAAGAUCACUUCCACCUCAGCCGCAAACGCCCUCAUAUCCACGAGAUCUCCAUUAACUACAUUCGCAAUACUGCAACUCGAUGGCACAACAGAUUGGAAGCUGGCCCAGAGAAAAGCGUUGUUGGCGUGGACUGGAAGCACAUUGUCAGUGAAACCAAGCUUGAACGCCAGAUUAUCUCUGGCGUACUGGGGAAGUUCAGAUGUGACGGGGAGAGGGUUACUUGCUCUAGCAGGCCAGGGGCAGGUCUAUGCAGUCGAACUGGCGGAAGGAGAGACCUACGUCGUGCAUCCUUCCAACAUCCUGGCUUACUCCGCUUCCGCGCCCUCCCCUCGUCCAGAACCGUAUCGGUUCAAGUCCAACAACAUUCGACUACAGAUACCGUUACAGUUGGGCAACUUUUUCCCAUCUUCGAAGUUUGUGGAGACAUUAAAGACCAGCAAUACCUACAAAUUACUUGCAAACGCACUUCUCAGGAUACGCACUUGGAGCAGGAGGACGAUAUGGGGCGAUAGAUUGUUUUUACAGUUCCGCGGGCCAACAACCCUGCUCCUUCAGAGCCGAGCUGCUCGAGUCAACGAUGUUCUGACUGCUCAGGAUGUCAAUGAGAUUGCGGAUGCUCCGGCUGGGAGUGUGAGAGAAGCCAUCGGCAACGCCCAGAAGACACAGAGUCCAAACACUUCGACACCGGCAGUGGCACCGGCGAAGUCACGGCCUAAGGUGUCAGUAGCAAGUAUCGGAAGAGAUGGGAAAGUUUCAUUUGAAUCAGCUUGAUAUCUUCGCUAGCUGAUUGAGACUGAACGCCUGGCUGUGGCAUGUACAAUUAAUUUCUUCUCAUCGCCCCAGUCUUGUCCUGUCUACGAUCAUCUCCAGUCACGCUCCAGUAUUAUCUCAAGACCACCAGCCUUGUGUCCAUGUCAAUCGCCGGUUGAAUCCGAUCCUAUUCUUCUGCUGAC